AUGACUGACACCCGGCGGACACUUCUCUUCAAGGAGAUCUUUGAAACCGAGGAGGUGGAGAAAACCGAAUCCUCUAUGAAACAGCAUUUUCUCAUCGGGAGAACUGAUCUUGCUCGUAGUCCUGUGUUUAUCAACUACAAACUGCUCGAUGACCUUAUCGUCGCACUUGCUGAGCUCUUUUUGCAUCGGUACUCUGUAGUCUCCCUUGUAUCAUGGAAGGCAUAUGAGCUGUAUCAACAAAAAAAUGUAGCAUCACUCAGUCCUGAUACAAAUCUGCUUGUAAAACUCAAUCCUGCAAACAUGAAGAUGGAGGGUAUGCAGGGUCUGAAGUCACACGACCACGUUAUAUCCAUUUACAACCAUCACCUUGGGUUAGAUGGUUGGCCGUCUGAUGACAAGGCCAUUGAGCAAGUUCUUCUUAAUAAGAAGAAUUUGCCACUGCAAAUCUACACGAAGUUGGAAACACAGGUAUCCUUACGAGCAGCAACCACCCCGACAGGAAAGAGAUGCAGGCUCAAUUCAAGUACCAGUGACAAUUUUCCUACAGACACUCUUAUAUCCAAAGAGGACCAUCCGGCUCCUCUGAACACUGUUCCAGCCAUUGAAGCGAUCACGCAAACUCCUUUACCCCCCCCAUCCAAUUGUUUGUCUCUUGGUGUCAUGCCCAAAGUGUUGUGCCUACAUGGAAAUAUUAUUGUCACUUCAAGCAGCUCACCUUGCACUGUAUUUCCCCAUGAUGCAGACUUGUCAGCACUUGACUUCGCACAAAACAAUCCAUCUGCGGCUCAGUCACCUGUACCAAACCUUCUGCCAUCAAAAAUUCUGAAACCACAAGGAGAGGUCACCCGUAUCAGUCGGGGAGGGUACAAUCUACAGGUGACGCUAGGCUGGCCUGUUGCAGAUUACGAGGAAACUCGGCUCCACUGUUGCCCAAAACCGAGAUCAUCUGAGAGGCCUACUGAAGGUACACUGACCUACAAACCUUACAUUGCAUUUCGUGGACAUCCUGCAAAUGUGGCGCCUCAUGUCCUAGUACCACACAUCCCUGCAUCUAAUCCCACAUCCCAAAUCGCUAUCUCAACUCCUGCAGAGACACCGUUCCAGUUCUCUAACCCUGGGUCUGCUCCCAUACUUCAUUCUGGACCCCCUAUCCCUAUAUCAACUCCACCUCCUGUCGCCACUACCCCCAUUACUCCAACUUGGUGUCUCUCUUGUAAUUCUGUCCUGAGCCCGUCUCAAUUACCAUUUGAGACACUUGAACUUGGGCGCAUAAAUUGGAAAAUAGUCGUUCAAGGAGUCCCGACAUCUCUCAUCGCACUUCAUAUCAUUCAAGAAAUCCCAGUGUGUCAGGUUGUACAACUUCAUAUGCAGCCCAUAUUUUCCAUGCCUCUGUUGAACGGUGUGAAAGACAUCACGAUGGGCUUUUACCCAGAUCCUGCAACUCGAAUUACAGAUGCGAGUACAAGGGACUCCUCUCCAACCCAAUCACGAGCUACCAGUCCCCCAACUCACAUAAUGAAUACGAGUGCAAAUCUGAUCCUUACUUCCAGCCCCAUGGUCCCCCAAAUUCAUACUCCCAUACCUGUAAAACCUUUGCCCCUGCCUGCUAGUACCAUAGAAGAUCGGCUCAAUCAGCUUGUUGCCCAGCGUUUUCUCAAAUUGUCUCAAAAUGUGUUGAUGCCGGCUCUGAAAAAUGCUGUUGAUGCCUUGGUCCCUUCGAUUAUCAAACAGUUGACAGACAGGUUAUCCAAUGGUCUGAAAGCCUCUAUUCAUCCCCAGCCUUCUACUUGUAAGGCAGACAUUCUGUCAGACACACAAUCAAGUGAUGACGAGGAUGGUUUGAAACCUCACCUUCGCUGCAAGUGCCCUGGCAAGCGAGGCUCAAAGAAUCAUUUACAUGUUGCAUUCCACACCUAUCUGCAAGAGAAGGGGCUCCUAAAAGGCAAAAACAAUUUGCUGCCCAAAUCUCCUCCAACAGAAACUGUUCAAGCCUUCAACAAGGACAACAAUGGUUGUCCCACCUUGGGCAACCUCUCCAUUGAUUGGAGUGACUCACUGAAGAAAUCGCCUUGGAACACAGAAGCAGUAAACCUCCUGGCUGUUGAUUUUCAAAUGAAGGUAAAAACCGGCAUAUACUCUAAAGUGGUGUUCAAUGACAAAACCAUGAACCUCGACGAUCUGCGCCUAUUGUGCAUCAAUAAACUACAGCCGCACUCAAACAGUGUAUUGACAGCACUGCACAGCUCAGUACAGUUUUCUAAUCAUGAAGACAUGAACCAUGCCUCCCAUGAAAUGUCAGCACUGAAAUGA